GAAGCUGAGGUGUGGUCACUCAGUCACAAUCCGCCACUGCCUUGAGCGUCGCGACCACAAUCACCAUGUACAGGCUUGUUGUGCUGAUAGCGCUAGCAGCCUUGUCGACGGCGCAAUACCGGGACUCCCCUCAGACGGCAGCUAUUCUGAGCGAACAGCGCUACUUGGCCGGGGAUGGCACCUUCGGGGCUGCGUACUCUCAGGAAGACGGCGUGGAGUUCAAGGAAGAGUCGGAUGUGAACGGUAAUCGCCACGGAUCGUACAGCUAUGUGGACCCCAGCGGCCAGCGUAGGACCGUCACCUACACUGCAGGCAAGGACGGCUUCCGGGCCAGUGGCGCUCAUUUACCUGUAGCACCUGCCCCUGUGGCACCUCAACCCCAGUACCAGCCUCAACCCCAGUACAACCCUCCUCCACAGUCACAGUACAACCCAGAACCCCAGUACAACUCAGAGCCCCAGUACAACUCAGAGCCCCAGUACAACCCUCAACCCCAGUACAACCCUCAACCCCAGUACAAUCCCCAGCCACAGUACAACCCUCAGCCCCAGUACAACCCCCAGUCCCAGUACAAUUACCAACCGCAGCACAACGCCAUACCCCAGUACAACCCCACGACACCACCACCUCAUCGAUUCUUCCCACCAGGCAAACUUAACCUCAACAGGACACCUGACGGUUUUAGCUACACUUUCAAUAAAAGCUAAUUAACGCCUUUAAUAAUGUAGUGUCUAGCGUGCCAUUGGUGUGUAUGUAUUUUUGUUAAAAUAAAUAUUAUUCUUUUUUUUAAA